AAGAUAUUAAUUCGUCAUGUGUAUAUACUGAUUUUAGGAUCAGCAUAAGAAAUAUAAUGUGACCUUGGAAUGGAGAUGUAAAGCAACUCGUACGAAAUCCUGCAUGCUAAAGGCGCAGAAUGUGAGUGUCAUAAGCUCUGCUCGUAAAAAUUAACUCGUAGACAGUCGAGCAUUGUUCAUCGGGUGUGUAUAACCUGGCCUGGUACGUGAUUGUCGUCGCCGGUGUCGCCGCCGCCGCUUUCGUCGGCAGACGGCCGACGGAGACGAGAAAUGGACGAACCCGAGUCCGCUGACACGUGGUCGGCCUGGUUCCUGGACGCGAUCCGAAAAAUACGCAGCCAGAAACAGAGGCCGAGUGUCGAGCGGAUAUGUCACGCGAUUCGACAACAUCAUAAUUAUCACGAGGAGGAAAUCGCUGAACACCUGGAAGUUGCUGUAAAACGUGGCGAUGUGCUCAAGAUCUUUAAUAAAGGACAAUCCUCGUACAAAGAUCCUGGUGGGUUGCAGUCGAAACCGCUCAAGGUUGGCAAGGCCUCCGAUCUUAGUAAAGUACUGGGUAAGGCUGUUAGAGAAUUGGGAGAAAGGGAGGGAUCAACCCUGAAGAACAUCGAAAAAUAUAUCAGACAAAGUCAUACAGUUGAGGAAGAAGCGGAAGGUGAUUUGAGAACAGCGCUUAGACUAUCUGCUAAAAGAGCAGUCGAUCGAGGACUUGUAAUUCAGGAUGGUAGACUUUUUCGGCAACCGGAUAGGCCACCUUAUCUUAAGAAACAUGGAGAAAACGCUCAUAUUGUGCCACCGGAGCCCCCUGUACAUAAGUUACCAGCUCCAUUACCGAUAUGCAAAGAAUGUCUUGGCGCGACGAUAGCCGGAAAUAAUAAUAAUACAAAACGCAAUGUUUCCGAAAAACUGAGCAGAUGUAGUGUAUGCGGUGCAGCUUUACAUAAUUCUUGCGCACCACCUGAACUUUCGAACCUUGUUGAAAGAGGUAUAACGUGGUCUUGCGACGACUGCUCUCCAACGUGUGCCGGUUGCCAGUUAGAACGGGAAUCACAGAAUUAUCUAGUGAAAUGUUCCGGUUGCGUCAAAUGUUAUCAUCCUACUUGUCUAGAUCCAGCAAUUGAUAAAAAGAAUAAAAUACCCUGGAAAUGUCGACACUGUCAAACACCGCAUACACCGGUAUCAAAAGAUGAUAAUAAAAAGAAUAAAACACAACAGGACACGGCAAGUUCGCUCGAAGAGACACCGAUCAAUGCAAGGAAGAGACUUAGCAAAUUACGCGAGAAUAGAAAAUCCACGAUAUCGAGAAAGAGCCUGGCGAUUUCAACUCCGGUGAAGAAAGCUGGCGCAGGAGUGGGACAGGUGGACAGCAGCUCGGACGGUAAUGCGGGUGUUGUCUCCCCUCGUCAACCACCUUUGAUUUCCUCUCCCUUACCACAACCCCCCACCCCACUCGCAGGCCAGGGUAGGCUACUUGAAGAGAAAAACGAUCGGAUUUCCAAAGAGAAGCAAAAAUUUUUUAGACUGAGUGCGUUUAACGCGGAGCACAAUAAAUUGAAGCGGGUGGGGGGCAGUGAAAAAUUAAAAUGUUCUCAGAACGUUAGUCCUAGGUUAACUCGGGGAAACGCGAACCAAAAACAGCCCAUAUCCAGUAAAAAGGUACUGCUAAUGUCUAGCAGUAGCAGCAGCAGCGACGCGACCGAUACUGAUUCUUCCGACGACACCAGUGAUUCGACCGACGAUGACGAUGAAGAAGAGGAGGGAGCAGUCAGGGAUGGGGUCAGGGAGGGGGGAGAAGAGGAAGAGGAGGUGGACGAGGAACCAAUUCUACCUCAAUCUCUACCGCCGGGUGUCACACAAAAGGAUGUUGAUCUGUUUAAAGAAGCCCGGGAUAGAGCAGCUCGAUUAACUACUGUGAACGAUACCGAGGAAACUGUGACAGUGAAUCCAGGAAACAAUACGAGCAAUACGGGAAAUACUGGGAAUGGGAUUAGGAAUCCCGCGGCCAUAGUUUUUGGUCGAUAUGAAGUAGAGACAUGGUAUUCCAGUCCAUUUCCUCAAGAAUACGCAAGAUUACCUAAAUUAUUCUUCUGUGAAUUCUGUUUAAAAUAUACAAAAAGUCGGGCCGUACUUGACAGGCAUAUGGAUAAAUGUCAAUGGAGGCAUCCACCGGCUACUGAAAUCUACAGAUGUGACGGAUUAUCUGUUUUUGAGAUCGAUGGAAAUGUGAACAAGAUAUAUUGUCAAAAUUUGUGUCUAUUAGCGAAAUUAUUCUUGGAUCAUAAGACGCUGUACUACGAUGUAGAACCAUUUUUAUUUUACGCAGUAACAAAAAACGAUAAAUAUGGUUGUCAUUUAGUUGGUUAUUUCAGCAAAGAGAAACAUUGUCCCGCGCAAAGAUACAACGUGUCAUGUAUCAUGACUCUACCGCAAUAUCAAAGACAAGGAUUCGGAAGAUUCUUGAUUGAAUUCAGUUAUCUACUGUCUAAAGUGGAAGGAAUCCCUGGGACGCCGGAAAAACCGCUUUCCGAUCUUGGCCGAGUAUCGUAUCAUUCAUUUUGGAAAAGCGUGGUACUUGAAUAUCUCGAUGCUCAUAGGGAUUCAACGGAUAUUAAAUUAGGAGAUAUAACAAAGGAAACUGGUGUGUCGGCUCACGAUAUCGCAACAGCUAUGCAAUUGCUGGGAUUUGUUAGAUCGGUCCAUUUACCGGGAGAGGGAAAUUCUAAAGUAGCUGUGGUAGUCGAUUGGAAUAAAGUGGAUGCUCAUAUGGCGAAAGUACGAAAGAGUUCCCGUAUCAAAUUAGAUCCUGAUUGUCUUAGAUGGAUACCAUUGCUCACCCAAAUUCCUAAUCCGUAUCAAAGUCCGGAAGAAAGCGGUGAUACCAGUUCCGAAUCUUCUCCCGUCGUGGAACCGAAACACGUACCAACUAUCGUUGAAAAAAUUCAAAAGGUAAAGAUUAAAAAGAAACCGAGGAGCAGAAGAUUAGGACAGAGAAGAUCUUCGCCGUUGAAACAGAAAACGGGCCAGAAAUCUUCCACGCAAAGAGAUUCUUUUACCAAAGAUGCGAAAGAACCAAAAGAAAUAAAAGCAAUAAAAGAAGCGAAGGAAGCAAAGGAAUCGAACGAAACGAAAGAAGCAAAUAAAGAUACGGAAAAAAGGAAUCGAAAUGUUGUCGCCACUGCAUCGGUAGAAAAUAUUAAAGAACAGAUGGUAGUAGAAGCAAAAAAUGUUGCAUCAACAUCAUCGAGAAAUUCUCGAGCAAUGGCUGUUUCAAAGAAUACAAAUCUGAUAAAUUCGACAAAAGCAACAUCCUUGUCAGCAACAGGAUCGACAACGACAACGACAACGACAACUACGACAAUCACCACCACCACCACCACCACAACCACCACCACAGUAGUAACGAUGACUACAGCAACGACAACGAUGUCGAGACGGAGAAUCAGAACACCGAAGAUAUCUCGUUAUGACGGAGAAUCUGUAAUAACAUCGACAACGUCUAUGCGAAAACGAAAACAUUCCGAGAAACCAGAGAUCGAAGAAAAAGAAGAAAAGUCUGAAGGCAGCUGUAGAAAAAGGACACGGGAAUCUUUGCGAGAGAAAGAGAGAGAUAAGGAACGAGAAAAGGAGAAAGAGAAAACGAAAGAACGGGAUAAGCCAAAGGAUAAAGAUAGUUAUUCAAAAGAUAAAGAAAAGAACGAUAUAACUGAGAUAGAAAAAUUUUCUUCAAAAGCGAUGGAACCGAUAAUGUCAUCAGUAGUACAAAAACCGACGAAAAAGCAGUGCAAAGUCGAUGAUAUUUUAUUAAAAGUGACCAGCCGGCAAACUAAAUGCUUACAAACGAAGCAAGCGAAAGAAAAGAAACAAAACAGUUCGGAACAGAAUCAGUGUAAUGGAAAAGACGACACAAAAGAUAUUUUGAAAACUUUGCCAGUAUCGAGACGGGGAAGGGCAAAAGUGGAGAAAGAAGCGUUAAAGAUGCCGCAAUUGAAACCGCAAACCCUUAUAAAAGAUCGAUCCGAAAAUCCUGUGAUACUUCCACCAUUGUUAUCUCCAUCAUCAUGUUCUGAAGAGAAGAACGAUUCUAUUUUAACGAGCAAGAGACAACAAUCGUCUCCCGCCUUGAAACAAUUAUCGACAGUCUCUACGGAAAAAGAAAUUGAUAAUACAACGGAAAAAUUAAUUAAUAGCAAUAAUAGUACACUGGAAAAUGUCGAUGGUGGUAAUACUGAUGUCUCAAAGAACGCUUCAGCCAUUCUUCCGGAAACAGAAGUAACAAUAUCUGCUAGUCCAGGAGAAUACGAAGGAGGAGACGAAGAUGAAGGCGAAGAAGAAGUACCUGCACUUAAAUCGAAAUCCGUAACUCGUAUGAAAAAUGAUUCAAACGAACGAACUGAAAAUACAAAAGAUAAUGAACAAGAAAAGAAACUCGAGAAUGUUGAUAUCAUUCUCUCUUUACAAAAACCGAAAUCGGAAUCAGAAUUAUGUGUCAUAGAAGAAGAGAUACAGAGGGAAGGUGAGGGUGAAAACGGUGCGAAUAAAGAUGAUGAUGAGGGCGAAGGUGGAGCUGAAGGUGAAGAUGAAGGCGAAAAUGAGAAUGAGAAUGAGAAUGAGAAUGAGAAUGAGAAUGAAAAUGAAAAUGAAAAUGAAAAUGAAAAUCAGAAUGAAAAUGAAAAUGAAAAUGAAAAUGAAAACGAAAAUGAAAAUGAAAAUGAAAACGAAAACGAAAAUGAAAACGAAAACGAAAAUGCAAACGAAAAUGAAAAUGAAAAUGAAAAUGAAAACGAAAACGAAAAUGAAAAGGAAAACGAAAACGAAAAUGAAAACGAAAAUGAAAAUGAAAAUGAAAACGGAAACGGAAACGGAAACGGAAACGAAAGCGAAAACGAACGUGAAGGAGCACAGGCAAAGAAAGGGAAAGAAAAACAAAAUGAAGUUACGAAAGGAGAAUUUGAUAAAGAUUUAGAGAAAUCUGAAAAAACAAUGUGUAAUUCAGAAACAUCUAAAUUGGUACCUGACCUCUCUUCGCCUAAAGAAGAAGAAAUUGAAAAAUUUAAAACUGUUGGUCAAGAUGUAAAUAGUUAUAGACAAGUUGAUGGAAUUUCCGAAAGAUUAAUGUUAAAAAAUUCGAAAGAAGAGUUGACGAGACCAAAGAUAGAAACAUGUUGUGCAACAUCUACGGAUAAUAGAAAAGAAUCAUCUUCUGUGAUUUCUAAUAUAGCAUCACCCGAAACAGGACCACUUACGCCGCAAGAAAAAGUUUUGCCCGUUAUCGAACAACAAGAAACUACUGUUCAUCUUCAAACACACUCCGAAGAAUUGAAACAAAAUUCACCCGAAAGUGGUAAAACCACGCCACAUUUGGAUAAUCCUGGUUCGGUAAAACGAACGCCUCCUUCGCAACCAGAUUUACCAUCUAUGGGAGUUUACACACCUGAUUCAACAACUAAUUCAGUUCAUUCGUUGCAUUACGGUCAUUGCGAUUUAGACGUGAGUCAAUUAGGACUAGAGUCUCCUACAUCGAUCGCAAGUGAUCUUGCGUCGCAAAAUAGCGUGGAAAGGCCACCUAGUGCAUUACCCUCGAUGCCAGCAUCGGUUACGGUUCCAAUUUCAGUACCUAUGCAAAUAACUCCGGUUACGUCCGCUGGUGUAAAUAUAUCGCCGCAAGUACAAUAUACUGAUUGUUCGAUGCCUCAACAUACUCCACCAACGCACGUUAAUAUCCAUCCGAUGCAUCAGCCUCAUACACCUCAACCUCUUCAGCAGCCGCGGACUCCGCAAUCUCACACGCCUCAAAGUAUACAAACGCAAAGUCCACAACCUAUUCCGCAAAGUCAUACACCGCAACCGUUACCUCAAUCUCAUACUCCGCAACCUCUUUCGCAAUCUCAUACACCGCAGAGUAUACCGACCCAAAGUCCUCAACCGAUGCGACAAAGUCAUACACCGCAACCUUUGCCACCGUCUCACACACCGCAACCGAUGCAAUUAUCUUUGACUCAACAAACGCAAAAUCAAAGUAUGGCGCAUGGUCAAAACCAGCAACAAUCUCAAGGACAACAACAAUCUGCACAACAACAAUCUGCACAUCAACAACAACAACAACAACAACAAUCGCAAACGCAAUCUCAUAGUAAUAAAAGGGCUAGUGGUUCACAAACGACUCAUAGAUCUAGAUCAACACAGCAAAGCCGAUCCCAUCGAACGACACCUCCUACGUCUCAUGCUCAAGUCUCUUCGCAAGGUCACACCACCUCUCACACGAGUCAUACAACCUCCCACACGAGCCAUACGACGGUUGCACAUACGACGCAUGUACCUCCACAAUAUCAACAAUCCUCGUCAAUGAGUGUACCACCUGUUCCUCAUCCGCAUCCUCACUCUCACACGCAUGCUGCUCAUUCACACAAUAUGGCUGUUAUUUCUCAAGGGAAUUAUAUGGCUGUUGCUUCUCAAACUUUUCCAACGCAAAAUACAUAUGUGAUUCAACAUCGAAGUAGCAGAUCUGGUGCACCGACGCCAUGUACUACAGCGACAAAUUUUUAUAUUCAAACAAGCGCGAUGCCACCGCAUUCGCAUACACCAGCACCUUCUCUCUCAGCUUCUGGAAAUCAUCAAACGACAAAUUCGUGCAGUUUAGCAAAAUUACAACAAUUGACUAAUGGAUUAGAAAUGAUUCCUCCUACGCCUCCUCCAGCGAUGAAUUUAACGCCACCACCUCCUAUACCGCACACUAUGACACCACCGCAAACGUCGAGACAAUUACCGACACCGCCUCAAGUACCUCUUGGUUAUGCAAAAAAUUAUUAUAAUGUCAACACAGUACCACCUACUACUCCAGGACCACCCAGUAGAUCAACCUCAAGAUCAUCAGCAAAUGCAAAUAUGGCGUCUCUUGCACAACCAUACCCAAGCGAGAGCUUAUAUCGUCAAACUCUCGAUCCUGGAAGUACCUGUCCUCAAAUGCAGAGCGCCGCUAGUAGAGUUAGUCCUAACGUGGCAUUAAAUACAAAUCUAAUGGCCCAAUAUGGUUAUCGAGUAGCACAACCUGCUACCGGUUACAUGAAUCAAGCGGCUCAACUUGGUGGUUUCAUGAAUCAAGCCAGUCAAUUGCCUGUUGGAGUCGUUAAUGUACCUGCACCGUACCCUCAAGAUCCGCAUCAACAAAAUCCAGCAGCAGUGUAUACAACGUAUCACGGUUACAUAAAUGGAGGUCUCAUGCAACCUCUGAAUAGUUCGAUGAGGCCACGUUAGCCCCAAACAUCUAAGCGCACAUUCUCUUACUUGCAAUAACGACACUUCGAUUAAAGAGAG